UGAAUUGUCGCAUUCGUGCGCCCAUCUCACUCUAUAGUUGUACUCAGUUGUACCUUUUGCGCUGUACCAUUGCAGAUAGGCAGUUGUUACUAAUUUGCGUUAUUGUUAAGAUUCUCUAAUAGUCAAGUUUGUAAUUUGCUACUCUAAAUUCUCCGGAAAUAUAGUCUGAUUCAAGGAAAGAUAAUAUAAUUAAAAAAUAAACAAAAUGAGUUACGGCUAUCAGGGACCGCCAGUGACGCCAUUCCCAGGACAAAAUCCACCGACGUCCUUUGGUCUUCCCCCAGGUACACCCUCUGCCCCCAGUGCUCCGCCUAAUCAUCCAGGUGGUAAUUUGGGUUUUUCACGACCUCCCACUUCUUUUGGAAUGCCUCAACCUAAUCCUUCCUAUCCUACUGGUUCUUAUCCCACCUCUUCUCCUUAUUCUUCUAGUCCUUAUCCUUCUUCUAGUCCAUAUCCUUCUUCAGGACCUUAUCCAUCUUCAAAUCCCUAUCCUACUUCAAGUCCCUAUCCAUCUUCAAAUCCCUAUCCAAAUCAAGGAAAUCUUCCCCCUUCAAUGCCUUUUCCUCAACAACAACAACAACAACAAUAUUAUCCUCAAGCAGGAAUGCCUAUGCCUAUUGGAAUGCCUCAGCAUCAUCAGAAUCUUCAAAUGGGAAUGCCUCAACCUCAAAGCAUGCCUAUGAAUAUGAACAUGACCCAAUCGUCACAAUCUUGUAAUUCCUAUUCACGAUCAUCAGCUGGAAUCUAUCCAGAUUUACAUCAGAAUUUAGAAAAUCCAUCCUAUUGUCCUAAUCCAUCACAAUCAUCAGUUUCAUCUCCACCAUAUACAGGCGGGAGCUAUCACGGGGGGCAGGGUACUGGGGUUAAUUAUCCACCACAAGCUGCUUCGAGGUCUUCUUAUUCAACUCAUUAUGCUGCCCCAACCCCCCGGAUAACUAAAGCCAAACCCAAGAUUUCACCCACUGUUGUACCAGAAGAGGAUUUUGAUUCACGAGCUGAUGCUGAAGCUUUACGGAAAGCGAUGAAAGGCUUCGGAACCGAUGAGAAAGCAAUUAUCAAUGUCCUGGCUUAUCGUCCCAACAUGCAACGCCAGGAAAUCGAACUUCAAUUCAAAACUCUUUAUGGAAAGGAUCUUAUCAAGGACUUGAAAUCGGAGUUGUCAGGAAAUUUCGAAAAUCUUGUUCUUGCUAUGAUGACGCCCUUGCCUCAAUUUUAUGCAAAAGAAUUACACGAUGCAAUGUCAGGUGUUGGUACCGAUGAAAAUGUACUCAUUGAAGUUCUCUGCACACUUUCAAAUCAUGAAAUUAAUAUCAUUAAGUCAGCCUACGAAUCGAUGUUUGGCAAACCAUUGGAAGAUGAUAUAAUGGACGACACUUCAGGACACUUUAAGCGUUUGAUGAUUUCUUUGUGCUGUGCUAAUCGUGAUGAAUCAUUUAACGUUGAUCAAGAAGCCGCUCGGGAAGACGCUAGACAAUUACUUCAGGCUGGUGAACUUCAAUUUGGAACUGAUGAGUCUGUAUUCAAUGCGAUUCUAGUGCAAAGGAAUAUUGUUCAACUGCAUCAAAUUUUCUCCGAAUAUGCAAAUAUUACAGGACACGAUAUUGAAGAAGCAAUUGAAAAUGAAUUUUCCGGAGACAUUAAAAAAGCUCUUGUUGCUAUCGUGAAAGUUGUGAAAGAUCGAGCAGGAUUUUUUGCAGAACAACUUUACAAAAGUAUGAAAGGUUUAGGAACAAAUGAUCGUCGACUUAUUCGUCUUGUUGUCACUCGUUCGGAAAUAGAUAUGGGAGAGAUAAAAGAGGCUUUUAUGGAAAAAUAUGGAAAAUCUUUAGAAGAUAUGAUUUCGGGAGAUUGUUCUGGACACUACAAGAAAUGUUUACUCGCCCUUAUUUCGUAAUCUACCAAAAAAUAAUCAACAUUGUCUCUUCAUGUCAAAUGUCCGUAAUCUUGCAUUUAUCGAUAACUAAUUAUUAAUAGACGUUUUCGAUUGAUGUACGCUGAAAAAGAAUCUCAAGAAGCAUUAUUUAAAAAAAAAAUCAUCUCUUCAACAUUGAGAAAAAAAAAUAUUUUACACUAUUCAAUUAUUAAGCAUCUAAUUAAAUGAAAAUUAUUCUCAGCAGGAAUAGAAAAUAGGAAAUUGAAUAGAAUAAAAAAUACAAUAUUAAGACUUAAAUUAAAUGAAAAAACAUCGAAAAUCGAAAUAAUAUGAGGGAGAAAUAUUUUUUUUGACAAAAUCAGAUUUUAAUGUGAUUAAUGAAUCAACUUGAUUAUAUAUAUAUAUAUAUAUAUAUUGUUGAUAUAUAUUUUUUAAUGUACUUGUAAUGUUUAAACGAAUGUUCCUAACUCUUAUUGUGACCAAAAUGUGUAAAAAAAAAAUUCUAUUUUAAAAGUAUUGUAAAUUAUUAUGCCGGUGUGCCAACGAAGCUUGAAUAUUUGUUCCUAUAAAAUUUAUAACUUUAGAAAACAUAAUAAUAUAUUUUUAAACAUUUUUUCUACAUUAUGAAUAUGCAAACAAUGAAAGUAUUAUAUUUUGUUGAAAAUAUUUUUUAAAUUUGUAUAAUCAGUGUUCUUGUUCUGACUGCACUUUUUAGUGUUACACAUUGUUUUGUAUUAAUAACUAUAUGGAUAUGAAAUACAUUAUUUUCACUAUGAA